CUCUCUCUCUCUCUCUCUCUCUCUCUCUCUCUCUCUCUCUCUCUCUCUCUCUCUCUUUGGGAGAUGAUAGAAGGAUCUGCGAAAAGAAAGUGAGGCAGUAAAAGUGCCAGCGCUCCAGAGGAGGACAAAACUCUCACCUUCAUACUUCCAUGUGCCUCCUUUCAACCAAAAUGAAGAGCUAUAUAACAGAAGCCCUUUCAAACUUCUUCUUCGAGUAUGAGACCCCUCGGCAGGUGCUGGUGAGAAACAGAAGAGUGGGAGUAGUCUGCAGACUCAUCCAGCUCGGGGUCCUGGCUUACAUUAUCGGGUGGGUGUUCAUCUAUGAGAAGGGCUACCAAACCACAGACAUAGCGAUAGGCUCGGUCUUCACUAAGAUGAAGGGAGUGGCCUACACUGAGAUCAACGGAGAGGAGAGGGUGUGGGAUGUGUCUGAUUAUGUCUAUCCUGAUCAGGGUGGCGAGUCUUUUGUCGUGAUGACGAAUUUCAUCAUUACAGAUGGACAGACUCAAAGCACAUGUCCAGAGCUGCCAGAUGGAAAGAACGAAUGCAGUUCGGAUGCAGACUGCACGAAGGGCCAAUUUAAACGUACGGGAAAUGGGCACAUGACAGGGAAGUGUGUGAACACAACCAGGACGUGCGAGAUCAAGUCCUGGUGUCCCAUUGAAGAUGACAGGAAGAUACCAAAUCCUCCACUUCUCUCUGUUGCUGAGAAUUUCACACUCUUCAUCAAAAACUCCAUCACCUUCCCAGCAUUUGAAGUAGUCAGGAGUAACCUGGUGGAAAGGGUGGAUCAAAAUUACAUCAAAAAGUGUUUGUAUGACCCUGAUGAGCACCCACUGUGCCCCAUCUUCAGACUCGGUGACAUCGUCAGGCUCUCUGGUUUCAGUUUCUCUCAGAUAGCUGAAGUGGGUGGAGCUAUAGGGAUACUCAUUAAUUGGGAAUGUAAUCUGGACUUCAGUCUCCAAAGAUGCAUCCCCACGUAUGAAUUCCAUGGCCUUUAUGGAAACGCCAAAGAGGGAGAAAGUAACCAGGCAUCAGUAGGCUACAACUUCAGAAAGGCAAAAUAUUACAUGGAGGACAAAGUGGAGAAGAGGACACUGAUGAAGAUCUUUGGCAUACGCAUCGACAUCAUUGUUCACGGACUGGCGAGAAAAUUUGACAUCAUUCCAACACUGACAGCGAUAGGCUCUGGAGUGGGAAUCUUCGGAGUGGCGACCGUCGUGUGCGAUUUGGUGCUCUUAAAUUUAGUGCCGAAGAAAGACUUCUACAAAAACAUGAAGUUCAAAUACACAGCAGUGCAGGACGAGGUGCCAGUUAUACAGCUGGAGAAAGAGGAUCAGGAAAAGAGCCAGACGGAGAACCCAAAGUGACCGCAAUCACAGCAGCCGUUUUGUAGCCGGGAGUACGGAGGAGCUGAAUGUACCUGGUAAACAUGAAGAGUCACCGUGGCAGGAUGGUCAGAAAAUGCUGUUGUAUGUGGACAGAAUUUUGGAAAGUCAAGGUACUGUGGACUGUGCAGCUGUGAAACAAGUGAAAGAACUUCACACUAAAGUAAACACAUUUGUAAAUAGAUUCACUGUUGAUGUAAGAUACUGUACCUGGACCUGCCUCGAGCCCGACUGAUACACAACCAAAUUUAAUCAGCUAAUCAUUCUGCGAAUCAAUAUCAGUCAAAAAUUAGACUGUUUCGUUGAACACUGCUUUCCUUAAUGUUCUGUCAGAUGUCAAAUAUGACUGUAGGUUCAAAUUGUCAAAUUUUCUUUUCUUUCUCAGAUUUGAAACAAAAAAAAAAGAACACUCAUUUUUCACAGUUUAGAUUUAUUUAUUCACUUAGAUUGAAACACAUUCAUUCAGCUUAGUUUGGUGUGAAAUGGCUCAAAGUAGAGAAGACUUUCAUUACAGCAGAGGUCUGCACAGCUGUGGCUGUGGACUGAAGGCUCCACCAUCUUUGUAAGCUACAAGAAUUUACGUGUUGUUCAUGUGGUCAGUUGCUUUCCAACUCUUUAGAAUGACUUCAUUAUUUUCAACUGUUUUACAGUUAUCAAGUGAUAUUGUUUAUAUAUCUGAUUUAGUGAUUGUUCUACUUUAUUUAGGCUAUUCAUUAAUUUGCUGCAUUUCUCUUCAUGCGUGCUUAGGCCCGCAGUGGGCUGGUUUCCCGCCUGCUCCCGUGCCACAAUAUAUUGUGGCGGGUUUCAUGGGAAUCCAUGGCAGUGCAGACCUCUAUAUUGCAGUGGUGGUGAUAGGAACCAGUGAACCUUAACAUGUCUUCUAUGAUUUUAUAUGCAAUAUUGAUAAUGGUAAAAUAAUGGUGAACAUGAAAAAAAGUUUUCUUUGAGGGACAAUUUUGCCUUACAUCAAUCUGCAUGUACAUCUACACCAUAAAUUUACUUUAAACAAACGUUUUAUGCCAAAAAAAACACAAUUCAAAACUUUCAUAAAACAAUUGCAACAAAUUAUGCAACCAUUUCACAGCUCUCUGAUGUAGCUUCUAGGUGCAUUCAACUCUUCAGACGUCUGGUUCCCAUCACCACCACUGUAAACUACUCUGUAUUGGCAAAGUCCUGCUCAUUUCACAUCAAACUGUACUGAACGAGCUUUACAUCUUAAUGUUUCAAUUAUGCAGACAUUCAGAAGAAUCAAAAUCCCACUUUCAUGGACCCAUAUAUAACAUUUACUAAACACCCCUUGAAGAACCAUCUUUUUAAGAGUAAAUAUAUGAGAACUAAGCAGUAAAAAGAGCCAUUUUUGAAUUCAAUGUUUUUGCAAUGUCAUGAAAAACUAACCACAUUUACAUAUGUCCCCCUAUUCAGCCUCUAGUGGUUUAGCUCCAUCCACUCAAACUGAAGUUAUACCGAGUGUGUCAGGUUAGACUGCUUUUUGAAUGAGGCCCUAUAUAGUGCAGCCAAUCAGAGCAGAGCUCAUUUACAUGUACCAGCCAUAAAGACAUAAUAACAAAAACAGCCUGUUUACUUUAAAGACAUAAAGAGAAGUUAGAAAAUGUCCAUUUUCUAUGAAUUACUGCUGGUUUUGGUGAGUAAAACCAAACAAAACCAAAUGUAGGAUACAGGCAUUUAAAAUAAUACAACUUAAUUUUCAAAAAAGUACACUUGAUGAUCUGAACUAUGCAGACAAAUCCUGAGGCCCCUAACAUUUGCCGAUUUUAUAGGCUAAAUGAUAUAUCGGUCAGGCCCUACACCAAAAACUCUUUUUUUAUUUUCCAGUUAAACAUAAACAUUAAACAUUAACAGGCCACUUUAUUCCAAACCUCCACCUUGUACCUCUGACUUUCUGGUGUACAGUUAGAGACUGUAGGCCCUCUACUGACCCCAGAGCUGCUCUUGCCUGCACAUUUUUGGAUGGUGAGCCACUUUCAACCCAGCAGUGACAGUGAAGUAUGUAAAGACCCUAGGAAUAUCGCUACCAUGUCAGUGUCACCGCUGUGCUGAGAAGACUCCCACCUGGUCAACAGCGGUCCUGUGGUCAAAAACUGACCAAUGAUGAAUGGUGUACAUGGUGGAUGAUGAAUUGUACAUGACAACAGAUGAGCUACAGUCUGUAAUUCUAUAUCUAUACAUUACUGUUCAAAAGUUUGGAAUCAUUUUUCAGGUUAAUAAUUAAUUUUAUACAAUGUAGACAAAUUUAUACAGGUUUUAUUCAAUGGUUCAACAUCAUGUUAUCUUGAUCACUAGUUUCGAAAUGUGAAGAAUUCUGUAUUUCUGUACUUUAUUUUACAUAGUAAGAAGGUAAACAGAAGGUAUUUUAGAUGUUUUAUUCAAUAUUGCAAUUGAU